GAACGGUCACUCUGGCCAUUUCAGAUUCGCAUUCUGGCAGCGAAACUCGUGCAAGGCGGACGCGAACUUUCUCCCGCUGCGGAAACCAGAAACCCAAGAGAACCCGAAACAACAAAACAAUAAACAGUCAACAGAACAGAGCCCAGAGCCCAGAGCCCCAGAGCCCCCAGAACCCAAUUAAAAAAAAGAAAAGAAUCCAAAAGCCCCAAAAAGCAGGAACCACUCUAAAAUACCAUUCCAUAGAGCGGUGUAAAUUAAAGUGAAAAAGCAAAACAAAAAAAAAAAGUAAAAAGAAAAUAAAAACACAAACACACACACACACACAGAGAAGAAAAGAGAGAGGAGAAAGGAGAGAAGAGCCAGCCAUAAACAAAUCAACAAAACAGAAUUUAAAUCACAAAGCACACACGUGAAGGAGCAGCGGCCGACGGACAGGAGGCGAGCGACGGGGAGGGAGUCCAAGCACAAGAACCAGGAGCAGGACCAGGAGCAGAAGCAGGAGCCAAAGAAGAAGCAGAAAAGUUCAUCGCAUAUCCUGCGCCUUGCCGACUCUUUACAAAAAAAAAGGGGCCGAAUCGCAAAGAUUAUAAAAAAUAAAACCAAUCUAAAUAAAUAAAAUAACUGAAAGAAGGAAAGAAAAAUCUGGAAUUUAAAAAGGAAAAACUAAAACAGAAUCGAACUUAGUUCACAACUAUUCUGAAGUUCUUGUUUCGCGAAAAUAGACAAUGUGAUCUACAAUAACUGCAAUUGUAAAUAUAUACAUAAAUAACUGUAAAGAAUAUACACAAUAAUCGUAAAUCGAUAAUCGAUAGACAGCCAAAUGAGAUUAUCGAAAAAUGUCCAAGAGCCAAGUGUGAACUGCAGGACAGAUCUAGAUCUGGACUAGAUAUAUUUCAUCUAUAUAUCGCAUGAGAACGGAGACAUUUAUGUUUUAUUCCGGAAACGGAAAGGAAACUGAAACGGAAACGGAAACAGAAACUGAAACUGAAACAGACGCAGACAAAUUUGAGAAAACGGAAACAGGAAGCGGAAGAGAAGCGUCAGCGGAAGCGGAAGUGGUAGCGUUAGCAUUAGCGGAAACCAAAGUGAAAUCGAAAGCCGGAAGUGAGCAAUAAUGACCAAGAAGUACGAGUUCGAUUGGAUCAUUCCGGUGCCACCGGAACUGACCACGGGCUGUGUCUUCGAUCGCUGGUUCGAGAACGAGAAGGAGACCAAGGAGAACGACUUUGAGCGGGAUGCCCUCUUCAAGGUCGACGAGUAUGGUUUCUUUUUGUACUGGAAAAGUGAAGGACGGGAUGGCGACGUCAUCGAAUUGUGUCAAGUGAGCGAUAUUCGUGCUGGCGGCACUCCAAGGGAUCCCAAGAUACUCGACAAGGUGACAAAAAAGAACGGAACCAAUAUACCGGAACUGGAUAAGCGAUCUCUCACGAUCUGCUCGAAUACGGACUAUAUCAACAUAACAUAUCAUCAUGUUAUUUGUCCAGACGCGGCAACAGCCAAGAGCUGGCAAAAGAUGUUGCGUCAAAUCACGCAUAACAAUCGCGCCACAAAUGUGUGUCCGCGUACCAAUUUAAUGAAACAUUGGAUGCGUCUUAGUUAUUGUGUGGAGAAAAGCGGCAAGAUUCCGGUUAAGACAUUGGCCAAAACAUUCGCCUCGGGCAAGACGGAGAAACUGGUCUACACCUGCAUCAAGGAUGCAGGACUUCCGGAUGACAAGAAUGCCACCAUGACCAAGGAGCAGUUCACCUUCGACAAGUUCUAUGCCCUCUACCACAAGGUCUGUCCACGAAACGAUAUCGAGGAGCUGUUUACAUCUAUCACCAAAGGCAAACAAGAUUUUAUUAGUCUAGAGCAGUUUGUGCAGUUCAUGAACGACAAACAGCGAGAUCCUCGAAUGAAUGAGAUUCUGUAUCCUCUCUACGAGGAGAAGCGCUGCACGGAGAUCAUCAACGACUACGAGCUGGAUGAGGAGAAAAAGAAAAGUGUUCAACUAUCUUUGGAUGGAUUCAAGCGCUACCUGAUGUCCGAUGAGAAUGCCCCAGUGUUCCUCGACCGAUUGGACUUCUACAUGGAGAUGGACCAGCCCCUGGCCCACUACUACAUAAAUAGCUCGCAUAAUACCUACCUGUCCGGUCGACAGAUCGGCGGCAAGAGCUCCGUGGAAAUGUACCGCCAGACCCUGUUGGCAGGAUGUCGCUGCGUGGAACUCGAUUGCUGGAAUGGAAAGGGCGAGGACGAGGAGCCGAUUGUCACUCACGGACAUGCCUACUGCACCGAAAUCCUGUUCAAGGACUGCAUCCAGGCGAUUGCCGACUGCGCUUUCGUGUCCUCGGAGUAUCCGGUGAUAUUGUCCUUUGAGAACCACUGCAACCGCGCCCAGCAAUACAAAUUGGCCAAAUACUGUGAUGACUUCUUCGGCGACCUGCUGUUGAAGGAGCCGCUGGCGGACCAUCCGCUGGAUCCAGGACUACCGCUGCCGCCGCCAUGCAAACUAAAACGCAAGAUCCUCAUCAAGAACAAGCGCAUGAAGCCCGAGGUGGAGAAGGUCGAGCUGGAGCUCUGGCUGAAGGGCGAGCUGAAGACGGAUGAUGACCCGGAGGAGGAUGCCAGUGCGGGCAAGCCCCCGGAGGCGGCCGCCGCCCCUGCCCCAGCUCCGGAGGCAGCCGCCGCCGAGGGUGCGGCCGCCGAGGGGGGCGGUGGCGCGGAGGCCGAGGCAGCUGCCGCCAACUACAGUGGAUCCACCACCAACGUGCACCCCUGGCUAUCGUCCAUGGUCAAUUAUGCCCAGCCCAUCAAGUUCCAGGGCUUCGACAAGGCGAUCGAGAAAAACAUUGCCCACAACAUGUCAUCGUUUGCGGAAUCGGCGGGCAUGAACUAUCUGAAGCAGAGCUCCAUCGACUUUGUCAAUUACAAUAAGCGCCAGAUGUCCCGGAUCUACCCGAAGGGCACCCGGGCGGACUCGUCCAACUACAUGCCGCAGGUAUUCUGGAACGCCGGCUGCCAGAUGGUGUCCCUCAACUUCCAGACCUCCGAUCUGCCGAUGCAACUGAACCAGGGCAAGUUCGAGUACAAUGGAGGAUGCGGCUAUCUCCUGAAGCCGGACUUUAUGCGGCGAGCCGACAAGGACUUUGAUCCAUUUGCCGAUGCCCCCGUGGAUGGUGUGAUUGCGGCCCAGUGCUCCGUGAAGGUGAUAGCCGGACAGUUCUUGUCGGACAAGAAGGUGGGCACCUACGUGGAGGUGGACAUGUUCGGCCUGCCCUCGGACACGGUGAAGAAGGAGUUCCGCACCCGAUUGGUGCCCAACAACGGACUCAACCCGGUCUACAAUGAGGAUGCUUUUGUGUUCCGUAAGGUAGUGCUCCCAGAUCUGGCCGUCCUCAGGUUCGGAGUGUAUGAGGAGAGCGGAAAGAUGAUCGGCCAGCGUAUCCUGCCGUUGGAUGGACUGCAGGCGGGCUAUCGCCACGUGUCCUUGCGUACGGAGGCCAACUUCCCCAUGUCCCUGCCGAUGUUGUUCGUCAAUAUCGAACUAAAGAUCUAUGUACCUGAUGGUUUUGAGGACUUUAUGGCCAUGUUGUCGGAUCCGAGAGGAUUCGCCGGAGCGGCCAAGCAGCAGAACGAGCAAAUGAAGGCCCUGGGCAUUGAGGAGCAGAGCGGCGGUGCCGCCCGAGACGCUGGCAAGGCCAAGGAGGAGGAGAAGAAGGAACCGCCUCUGGUCUUUGAGCCAGUGACGCUGGAGUCGUUGCGCCAGGAGAAGGGCUUCCAGAAGGUCGGCAAGAAGCAGAUCAAGGAGCUGGACACGCUGCGAAAGAAGCACGCCAAGGAGCGCACCUCCGUCCAGAAGACCCAGAACGCGGCCAUCGACAAGCUCAUCAAGGGCAAGAGCAAGGACGACAUCCGGAACGAUGCCAACAUUAAGAAUGCCAUCAACGAUCAGACCAAGCAGUGGACGGACAUGAUCGCCAGGCACCGCAAGGAGGAGUGGGACAUGCUGCGCCAGCACGUCCAGGACUCGCAGGAUGCCAUGAAGGCCCUGAUGCUCACCGUUCAGGCGUCCCAGAUCAAGCAGCUGGAGGAUCGACAUGCCAGGGACAUCAAGGAUCUGAAUGCCAAGCAGGCCAAGACCUCGGCCGACACCGCCAAGGAAGUGCAGAACGACAAGACGCUGAAGACCAAGAACGAGAAGGAUCGUCGCCUGCGCGAGAAGCGUCAGAACAAUGUGAAGCGUUUCAUGGAAGAGAAGAAGCAAAUUGGUGUUAAGCAGGGCCGUGCCAUGGAGAAGCUAAAGCUGGCCCAUUCGAAGCAGAUCGAGGAAUUCAGUACCGAUGUGCAAAAGCUUAUGGACAUGUACAAAAUCGAGGAGGAGGCCUAUAAGACGCAAGGAAAAACGGAGUUUUAUGCCUAAAAAAAAAAAAUGCCACGAUCACAGGUCAAAGGUUAAAAAAUUGCAAAACUGAAAAUUUCAAAAAAUUAUGGGAGCACCACAAAAAUAAAAAAAAAAAAUCAAACUAUUAAUGAAUAUAUUUGACGAUAAUCCAGAAGAUGCUAAAUGAUGAAUGGGAUAGGAGCAAAACAUAUAUACUUCUUUAUAUACUGUAUUUACACACACAGCCACACUCACACCCACACACACAUAACUUAUAAACAUAUAUACUUAAAAACUAGAAUUCAAAAAAAAACUGGAAAGUCAACACUUUGUGCUUUAUAUUUAUUUAAGAUUCUGGAACUGUGUAAGAGGAUCGUUAUAACGGUCAGAGGAAGGACAUGAAAAAUUAUGCAUAAAAAACAAACAAAAAGAUUAUUGUGUGAGUGUGUGAAAAAAAAAAAAGAAAAUGGGGCUUAUUAAAAAGAAGCAUAAACCCCUCUCUCGAAUCCAUUGAAUUUUCAUUUGAAUAACUAAACAAAGAUUAGAAAAAAAUAAUACCAAAAAUAAUACUUUAUAGGUAUUUUGUGCUAACAACACAAUAACGGUACACCGAUAAGUUUAGACCACUAAUUUCUCUCAUAUAACUGUUAGUUUCAUGUCUGUAAGUGAAGAAAAAGAACACACCUUUACAGCCAUGAAACGCACUGUACUUUCAUACACUGUCUUUACCCCCAGAAACCCCAAAAGAAAAAUGAAUUAAAACAAGAAAUUCGUACGUUUCAAGUGAACUACUUACAUGAGUUUCCGAUUUUCCACCUAAUAGCUUAAAAUAAAAAUAAAAAAGAAAACUAUUUCCAAGAAGAUAGAGUCGAACCCAUAACCCAAACACUUAGAUCUGCAUAUAUACAGGCUAAAUAUGGUACUUAUUUUCCAAAAAACAAAAAAAAUACAAGAAAGAAAAACCAAAAGGUCAAAUCAAAAGCAUUUCUUUUGCUAAUAAUAAAUGUAAUAGAAUAAAAAAUAAACUAAAAUGCAUUCACAUUCAUACAAAAAUAGUUGAUAAAGUAAAUGUUUAAAAAAUCUAAGUAUUAAAUGUGUAAUUCAAACAAUGAAACACCCCUACCGGCAGUUAUAUACAUAAAUAUAUAUACACAACACUCAAAACCAAAACAAAACACACAUAUAUAUUAUAUAAUUAUUUAUUUAUAUGUAUUUUUUUUUUGGCUAGAUUUCAGAGAAUCAAACUAAAAUAUAUUCGGUUUUUUUUUUGAAUAGAUCAAAAGUGAUGAAGAUUUUGCAAAGUUUACAAAACAACCAAAAAAAAAAAAUAAACAAACAAAAAAAUGAGUAGCCAAAACAUAUACACACAUAAUUACAUAAAAUCUAGUAAAUAUAUACCAAAGUAAAUGAAACAGCAAGGAGUUGAGAUUUUCGAAAAUGCUCUUUCGAAUAUCUUUCGGGAGUUCCAUCUAAAUGUCAGACCGUUUAUGUUGCACUCAAAAAUUGCUGUUGCAUGUAUUGUAGUUGUUGCAAGAAUACCAAACAAAGUAAAAAAAAUAAAACUUAAAGAAACCAAAUACAAAAAAAAAAAAAAAUAAAAUCUAGUAAAAUUAUUCAAAUAUAAAAAAAAAGGCUAAAGAAUGAAUGGAAUGGAAAAUGGAAUAAGAAAUGAAAAAUAUCCAUACAAUGAAAAAUGUUCAAAACGUUUAUUUCUCUUGAAUUAAAUUGAAUUUAAAUUAAAUUAAAUUAAAAUUAAAUUGUGCCCUUGAGUCGAAAAAAAGAAGACAUUGGAGAAGCGUUUACACUGUGCUAUUAAUGAAACGAAAACAUUUAGUUAACUCAAACAAGGUAACCGCACUAAGCGAUGUACUAUAUUUAACCUAUGCCUACGGCUAUAUAUUUAGAGAAUUGAUCAAGUUUUUAUGAAUGUGAUAAGCGGUUACAUUUUAUUACACGAAACACACAGCCAGAGCAAACCUUACCAAAACUAAAAACAAAAUUUAGAGCCAAGCAAAAUUCAAAAGCAACCCAAUACUUUUGCCUUACCCAACACUGGUAGUUGUAUUGUCCCCCUCGUCUUGAGGAAUUCUUUAGUUCUUUAUUUUCAUCUUUCACAAGAGAACAAAAUUAAUUGCGAAGCUUUGUAUGAUAUGUAAUAUAAUGUGCCAAUCUAAAAACAAAAAGUAAAGAAUAUGAAAAUGUUAACAAAAACAAGAAAUGAAAUUCAAUGAAUGGAACAUCAUCUAACUGAAAUCGCAACUAAUUUAUUUAUUCAAAUAUAUAAUGUAUACAUUAGAUAAAGGCCUAGCCCUCUUAGUUGACAAGUCCUCGAAUCUGGCACAUAUGAAAUUGUAUUAAAAAAAAAAUAUAUACUAUAUCCUGGCAAUUUGGAAGUUACACAGAAAAAUAUAUAUAUUUUCGAAAAUUUCUAAAUUAAAAAGUGAAUAUAUUUCACUAUGCAGCACUUAUAGAGGUCAAUUAAAUUGGUGAUUUCCAAAAACUUUAAGCAUUACUUCUCCAAAAUGCCUGGAUGUGUUUACACCUAGAAAACUAAAUGUGUCAAUUUUUUUUUUUAUUUUUAUUUUUACAUAUUUUUAUUUGUUUUUUUUUUUUUGUCUUUAGUCUAUGAAGAAGUGCUGGAGCAAAACAGGAAAUGCAUGACGAUAUAACGAUGUAACCCACACUAGGGGCCACAUUGAUCUAGUUUGUACUUCUGUGAGAGUAACUAAAAAGAAUAUAAAACUAAAAAUUAUAAAAUAAAUAAGAUACAUCCCCCAAGCCCAGAAUUAUGGAUUAUGAAUUAGCGGUAGCCAGUAGCGAGAACUCGUAAUUGUAUCUACUAAACUAUAUAUAUUGAUUUAUUUUGUUUGUGAGCACGUGACGACAAAAAUAAAAUAAAAAAAUAAAAAUAUAUAAUAUAUAUAAAUAUUACAAAACAGAGAAAACCACCUUCUGUAUAAAUAUUAUUAUGGAUUAUGGAUUACGAGAACAUAAUGUUAUGUCUAUAGUUUAAUGAAAGGUCGCGGAUACGAGAUGGUUCGGAGAAAUUAACUUAUAUUAACAAUGCUGCGUAUGAACUUAUGAUUAUAUACUAUAAACUAUAUAUUACACUAUUAUGAUUACCGUUAUUAUCAUUAUUAUGGUUAAAGAGGCGAGUAAAAAUUUAAUUGCAAUAAAUUCAAUUCCAGAGCAAGUCUACAGUAUCCACUUUAAAAUAAAUAUACAUUUUCAAAUGGAACUGAUUUGCUAAAAAUUUCUAUUGACUUUUCUUUUCACAAUAAACUCUUAACUGUUUUUGGUUUUAUUUUGUGUAUUUUCUUGGAAAAUAUGAUAUAUAUUUUUUGUGGCCAUCACGAAGCUCCCUAAAGAAGGGCAAUUACUGUAUGGAUUAAGUUUUUAGUGCGCAUAUCAUCGCAUAUGAAUUUGAAUAACACCCUUCGGUCCUUGUAAAAAUUAGUUUAGUUUUAAUGGACGUUGAUGUUGAUAAGCAAUCGAUCCUAUCAAGUGUUAAUGAGAAAAAUAUAUAAUAAAAAUAAACACUGAGAUACCAAGAAAUCGACUUGCCAAAGAAAGCGAAUAUAAAUCUUAAAAACUCUGCUAAAGGAAAGAAACUAUGGCAUUAUGUACCAGAUUAUAUAGAUGGACAAAAUACAGUUAAAUGGAUUCGUGAUUGAUGUUAUAUAAUGAUUUCGGUCUGAUUUCCAUUUGUUACUUUUUAUUUUUUUGGGAACGAACAGAAAAGCAUAAGCAUACCAGUUAAAUAAACUUUAAAUACAAACACACAACUCGCUAAAAGAAAAAAUAAUUUAAUGGGUUGCGAAAAAAUUGUAAAAAACAAAAAACAAAAAAACUAAAACUAAAACAAAAAAAUAGAAAAAAAAACUAUGAAGUUACUGGGUGUUUUGGUGGUUAUUGGAAAUAAAUCUUCUAAAGAAAAA